CAACCUCUGAUUAUGAUGUCCCACAACAUCAUAGGAGGACAAACCCCAUCACCCAAAGAAGAAGAAGAAGAAGUAUAUACCUUGGUGGCACAGUGAGCAUAUGUUUUUAAUUCGAUUUUAAACAAAUUCCAUUUUAUUGAUCGAUACAAUUAAGCAAAAAAAAGUGUUUAAAAUGAGCAAUUAUCAUAUUAUUGCAAUAAUGUAUGCAUUCCUCAAGAAAGCAUGAAAUUGUCCGCAUGAUCGAGCGAUCGAAUGCUGUCUGAUGAUGUGUUUACAAACACCUCUCUCAACUGACAGCAUUCUGGAAAGAACAAUUUUACAGCCAAUUUUCUUAUCAAAAGCCAGCUCUAACAAAAAAAGGGUUUUUGAACCUGCGCGCCACAUUCCUUCGCCAGUUAUCAAUUUAAUCGCCCGUGAAGCAGCUGCGUUUGUUUUCCCUCGUAAAAUCUAGCUCACACAAUGGUGCGUGCCUGGUUUAUGGACAGUGAGCCGACCGAUCAGCGUCUGGAGCACCAGCUCGAUCCGCCCAAGUUCCUGACGCUGGACGAGCUGUUCAAAAGCACCGGGGUGGAAUAUUUUAAGAUUAACAUUCCAACGUACGAUACGGAUGGGGUGCUGGGGAAGAUCCGCAACGAUCGGGGCUACUCCUACGAGGACGAAAUCACCUGCUCCGAGGCGUGCUUGCCCGAUUACGCCAACAAGCUGAAGUCGUUCUUCACCGAGCAUCUGCACACGGACGAGGAGAUCCGGCUGGUGCUGGAUGGUUCCGGUUACUUCGACGUGCGCAAUGGUCCGGAUGAUGCAUGGGUACGGAUCGAGGUCGUUGCCGGUGAUUUGAUCAUUAUUCCCAGUGGAAUCUAUCAUCGCUUCACGCUGGACAUGAAGAACUACAUCAAAGCCAAGCGUUACUUUGUUGGCGAACCGGUCUGGCUGCCGUACAACCGUCCAGCAGACGAGAUGGACUGUCGCAAGGACUAUUUGAAGCGGUUGGAAGCUGGGUUCGCCGCCUAAUGCGUACCUGUGCGUUUUUAUGAUGCGAUCUGAUUUUGUUAACCACCCUCUUCUUCCAUAAAUCCAACUGCAUUCAAUGCAAUAAUUUGUUUAAUAAAUGUUAUACCAUUCCCCGCAACACUGUUGCUAUUCGGACGUACCAGCACUAUUGAAACGAAUGCUCUCCUCCGUUACUUAACCUUUCAAUAUUAUGUCACACCAUCGGGUUUUAUUCUUGUAGAACCAUUCUUCUCGCUUCGCGCACGCGUUUCUCUCCAUUACAUGCCCAUUACAUCGUAAUAAUGUUAAUGCUUUACUUACUAUUUGUAUUAUCGUUCAUGUUACUUGGCUUCUUUCUUCGAGUGGCCACACACACACACGCACACACACUACCUCCGUAUUCGUCCAUGCUCCACAAAACGCCAGCCAACGGUCAUCACCACCACCAUCUUCACGGGAUUCACAUUUCAUAAAUCAUCGUUCUUAGAGAACAUCCGAACAUGGCCGCUUGCGGGUUUCCGGAGCCACCGCGUGGCCACUAUCAAUCACACAGCAGUAAUGCUUCCAUUCCACCGCGAUCGAACACUAGAGCUCUGGUAGUGAUCGUACAUUAAAGGUAAUCGUUAUAAUUAUAAUAAUCAUAAUAAUUCAUAAUAAGUGUGUACUACACUGCUUGGAUGCUUUUUAAAGAGCUACAAAAAACGCCAAUGCCAAUGCAGAACACGAAAUCGUCUUCAUGCUUGUUUGUUUGUUUUGUUUUGUUUCUCUCCGCUUCUCUUCUGCCUAUGCCUAGCGCGACAAAACAGCAAAAACCAUAAUUGCAUCAAUGUGUACCAUCAUUUUCAGUAUAUGAGUGAAUCGUGGAUCCUUUUAAAGCGUUCCCCUUCCUUUCGUAAUUUACUUUAAUGUUUUUUUAUACUCUAGCCCUACUUCUCUCUUUCUCUCUCUCUCUCUCUCUCUCUUCAGACCAUCUCUUCCUAUGGUUAUGUUUGCUGAUAAGUGUUGAUGUAGUGUUGUAUAACGGUUAAGGUUGAUGUAUGGAGUAGACUUAGGUUUCGUAUGCCGG